CAUUGUGCUGAUGGAAGAAACAUCAAUUUCUCCAAGGUUUUGUUUAUUUGCUUGCAAGGAAAUGAAAGUCUGUGGAUAUAAAAUUAACUACAGGCAGUUUCACCAACAAUUCACAAAGCACAUCAGAAUAUCCUGUGAGUCACAAAGAUGACAGAGAUGCUCCAAUGAAAACCUUUUGUUGUGCCUGUCACAUUUUUAUUUUGCUGUCCUGAGUGGUUUCCCCUGCUACUACAAGUGAGCUGAAUAUUGUAUAAGUUGGCUAUACAGAUUGUCUUGAACAUGCCUUGCAAUGAGACAGCUUUUCCAUGGGAUAACACAGUGCCUGGGCCUUGGCAAACAUGGAAAGGUUAGCAAUCAUUAAGAUAAGUAUUAGUUCUUACUUUCUCUUGAUCCUCUGCAUAUACCUUAAUUCUUUUAACUAGCCUCCUUUAUAUUACAUCUGCCAUGGAAGGAACAAGGCAGGAGAGAAUUUAAGAUGCAGAUGUUCAGGAUAAGGCCAGUCAUUUAAUAAGCUUUUAAAGGCUACCAGCAACGGAAGUGUUUGUGACUUGGGGGCACCAACACAAAGCACACAGAACACAAAGCCUUUACACCACACUGCCAUCCUUCCUCUGUAUCUAAACUCACCACAAAAGUGGCCUGAGAACACUUCUGCUUUCGCCACUGCCUUUUUAAUUUUAUUUUUUUUUUCAGAAAGACCAGCCUUUAAGAGGACCUCAUAGUGAUGAUUAGGUGAUGGCUGAGACAUUUAGAAAAAAAAAAAUUCAAUCUCGGGUAUCAGCUACUCCUCAGAGUGGAAACAGCACAGACUUCUUAACUACCUGUAGAAACUGCUUGGUGACAUUUAAGAGAUCACUGAACAUGACAAAAAAGCUCCCUGCUGUGCCAUUUCACAUUUAAGAAGAAUAAACUCAUCACCCCUAAAAGUGUCCCUUGAUGUUUUUUGCAUCAGUGAUUUUUAUUUUAAGCAAAAUUCAGCAUACAAAAUGACUAUUUCUGUCAUGUUUGAGGUAAGAAGUUUCAGUUCUUUUUUUUUAAAUCAGGAGUUCUGUCUGUAGCAGCUUUGCAAGCACAGCAUGUAGAAAGAAAGCAAUGGAGGCUGAGGAAAAGGAUGACUGACACUAUUCACAGAAUCACCAGUGGAAAGAAACAGUAGAAUGCACAGGACUGGUCCACUGAAAGAAAAAAAAAUGAAGGGAAUUGCAGCUUAGCACUGAACAAGGAAAAGAUGUUUUUGGGUUAAAUAAUUUCCUUGUCAGCACAAACAGCUAUCUUAGCCAAAGGGAAUGCAUGCAUUCAAGAAGAUUGAAAUAAAUUGUGAGUGAAUCACCUGAGAAACAACACUGGUGGAUGUCUCUAAAAGUAGGAAAUUAUUCACUUCCUUUUUUAAGGAACCUUCUCUGUCAGAUUGCUCUUUUUUGCUACAGGAAAUUUGGAAUACAUUAAGAAAUUACAAGGAAAGGAACUGUACAAUGAACUGGUAGUGCAAACACUUUGCUAACAAGGAAGAAUGGGAGCUACAGAUGUGCAAAAAGUUAUUCAAAUUCACCUGAAUUGCAAAAGAAGAACCCCACAAGGCCAGACAACACACAAAGGAGCUGGCUACUUGAUGGAGAGAAUGGUUUGAUGAGAAAGGUAAAUGUUUGCCCAUCUGUGACUUUGGCAGCCUGGGUCCUGCACCAAUCCACAUAAUCAGUCAUAAUACUAAUUCUUGCAAUAGUUGUCCCUUUUAUUUACUGUCAUCUGCUUCUCUUAUGGGCCAGCCUCUUCCAAAUGACGACUUGUCUGAAUAAUCUGUCCCUGGCCAGCACUGAGAUCAGACAGAAUGGAUGGUGCACUGGCAUAUCAGUGGUAAGUAUCUACUUAGUGGGUUAGCCAAAUGUCUAUCUCCAUUUCUUCCUUGAACAAAACUCCUAUGCCUCCUGUAAAAUGGCAAAUUAAUGAUAAGAUUUCCCAUAAAAGAUGGGAGGGGCUGAAAUAAUCUUUUGGUGGAAAGCAAAGUUUUUUUAUGGUAUGGGUUGUUCCACGCUUUGCUUUUUUAAUUAAGUUCCUUCCUGUUGCAGCUAAUGUGCUCCCACACAGACACCAUCCCAUAUAAAAGGUUAAUCUCCUUCCAGUCAGGCCAAUCAGGUUUGGUCCACCCUGUGAUUUAUCUGGCUGCUGUCACAUAUCCUGAUGCCAUUUAGUAAAGAGGUGAAAUGACUUCUUCUCUUCUUCUCUUCCUCUGCAAAACCUUGAGUUUUACAGCAGCAUCACUGAGAAUGCUUUCCCCUUCCCCUGUAAUCUUGCCAUCUCCUGCCAGUCUCCUUUUCUUAGUCUCUGCCAGGUUCUCCAAGAAGCAUCUGAAAAAGACAGGCUGCCAUGUGUUACAAGGGAACUUCAGAGCUCCCCCACUGGAGACUGCAGUUAUGCUCAGCCCCUUCCACUCUUUUCUCUCCAAUCAAUUGCAGGACCAGCACUCACAACACCUUUCCUCUAUUUUCUGCAUUUUCUCAUUUGCUCAGAGAUUUCUUUUGGUUGUUUUUUCCUGUUUUCUCUCCAGUUUUCCAUGCAGGCUCUCCCAGGGACUCUGUUCAUUGGUAAGCCGUCAGAAGGUAAUCCAGAAUUCAUUCACAUCCUCUUGAUUUUCACGAACUGGCAGAUAAAUGUUUUAAUCUUCGUUUUCUGGAGUUCACACAUCAUAGGUUUUCAGCAUCUGUAACUGCACUGUUUUUCUCUUUUUUGUGCCUGAGCAUUCCUCUUUCUGCAGAAACAUUCUUGCUCAAUUUCCUUAAAAAGACAGCUCUUCCCAUCUGGCAAUUUAGCAUGAAGUGAGUUGAUAUUAUGGCAGGUGCAUUUGCUACUCAAAAGCCUUCCAAAGAAGGACUGGGCAAAAGGCACUGUGCCAGGUAGGUGCUUUCUUCAAACUAGUGCCAUAUGGAUCAUUCUAAACUGGAAUUCACAUGGCUGCAGACUUUUUCCCUGCUGACAGAAUACCUGAAAGAUCAGAAGCACGUCUGAAGUGCAGCCUGUGUGCUAAGGAUAGGUCUCGAAAGACUGGUGAUGGAUGAUGGUCAACACCUCUCACAAAAUGUUGUUGCUGAUGGGAAAUCAUUCCUUAACCAAGCAGGGUUCCUACAGAGUCAAAGAGAUUUAAUAUCUGGAUUCAGUUCUAUUCACUUCUUCAUCUGGAAAUCAAGAAAAAUCAUCACAGAUGAAAUUCAAAGAAGAUAUCUAGUUUGACAGAGCUGAAAAUAAUGAGUGGGACAAGAUAAACAUGCAGAUGCUUGGUGGCUUAUUGAGGAGAAAAAAUUUACAGCCAGAACUAAGAAUCAUCAGUGCCUAAGAGAGCAUUGUAAAGAGCAAGAGAUGUUUUCUUUCCUGAAAAGCAUGCACUCAUAGAAAGAUUUUCUGUUAUAGUUAUUGUGGCUGAAGAGCUGAGCUUGUGGCUCUAGUGCAACAACAUGUCAAAGAACAGAUUAAGGUGGCCCUUAGAGAGACAAAAGAACAGCAAGACGAACAGUUCUGGUUUCUGCGAGCAGACCUGAUGAAAUGGGUACAACACAGUGUUGUCAGCUUAUCUGAUGUCCACAUCCUUUAAGGACUUCUACUAAACUGAAGAGAAAAUGUAAGUGAUCUGCAGAGCAAUAACCAGUACAGGAGGAAUAUCUCCCAGAGACCAAUUUUAAAAUCUACAGAUCCAGCUUGUGAAAGAUGACUGACAAGGUCCUUCCCACACAGUUUGAUUCUGGCAAAACCUGAGACCAGUAAAUCCUGCAUCUCUUGCUUCAGGCUUUUCGCAUUACAUUCACAUCAAGCUCUUCAGUCAAACAUCAGUUAUUGGGCAGUGUAACAGUGUCAGAGGCAUAUGAGAUAGCAGCAAAUGGUGUAAAUGAACAAAAGCUGCACCUGUGUCUGGAAUAACACCAGAGACCAAACAAGAAAACAUAAUCUCUUGUGGACAGAGAUGUCUGAUUCUUACUACUCUCACUACCAUCUUCUGUAGAUUUCUUGUGUCUGCUUCUCAUUGCAUAUUUUCAGUUUCCCCUAUUGAGAAAUGGCUUGUACCUUUUCUUGGCUGGCCUUUUCUGGGAAACAGAGGAGACCGGCACCUGCCAGCUGCCAGCACAGCUGUUCUCUUGGCAGGACUCACAACCAUCCCUCUUGGCUUCCAUAUGUCCUCUGUGCUCUCUUCUCCCUUCUCACGAUCCUUCAAAAGACAAAUAAGGCCCAUCUCACUCUCAAGAGAGAUUCAUAGAAGCUGCUGAGCUUCCUACUGUGACAGAAAGCCUCGGUAAACCUCAGCACUGUGCACACUCUGCCUUAGACCACACACACGUGAGCACAUCCUACUUAUUAUUCAGUAUUCUGACCACUGUUACAUUUUGUCCUGGGCAAUAGUAGAAGGUAGAUUUGCUGUACAUAAAAUCUGCAACAGAAGACAUCAAGAAAAAAGGUAGUGUGAAUUAACCUGUCUUCAUUUCUAUUUUUAGUAUGGUAAGUAGGAGUUAGUGAUAAGCAAUAGUGAUUAGAAGGAACCUUCCCUACACUAUCUAUACAGCUUUUCUCUUCUACAAUUACAUAAUGCAACUUGCAAAAUUAGUUAUCUGUCAGAGGACUAGAAACACACUUCCCACACACCCACCAAGUGCCUGCCUCCUCUCUGCUCUCUACAGAGGAUUCUUUGAUUUUUUUUUUCUGAGAUUAAGAAAAGAACAAGGUUUCAGUUGAAUGAGAGUUGAGUGACAUCUGUGCUUAGUGACAUCAGUUUUAAUGAUUGUUGGAUGAAAUGAAAAUGCUUUAAUUCAGUAAUCAGUCUCCCAGUGGAAACUGUGGGCUUUUUUAAACAUUAUGUGUUUAAUUCUGUUUCUGACUUAAAGAGACUGUCUCUGAUGAGCACAGGAGAGAAGUACUUGUGAUACAAGUCUAAGGAAGUGGAAGCUUCCGCUAAGAGACACAGCUACCUAGUGAUAUCUGCUUUUUACAUCUGGAGAACACUGCUGUGUGGGUAGCACCUCACUGGCAGAGCUACCUGAAGAAAAGCAAGAGACUCUGCACCCUGAGAGCAAAGAAGAUUCUUCAGCUCAUCUGAGAGGAAAGGAGGAGAAAAGAACUGGGGGAAAAAACAUGAGUUCUUCAAGUACAGAGUCCCUUGAAGUCGAACCCUCAACCUUUUAUGACUAUUAUGAUAGUUAUUACGAUGCUCCAAAACUGUGCAGUAAAGAAGGCGUCAGGAGGUUUGCAGCCUCCUUCCUCCCCGUUCUGUAUUCCCUGGUAUUCCUGGUCGGGCUCGCUGGAAACAUUCUGGUCAUCGUGGUCCUCUUCAAAUACAAGAGGCUGAGGAGCAUGACUGAUGUGUACCUGCUAAACCUCGCCAUCUCAGAUUUGCUCUUCGUUUUAUCCUUGCCAUUCUGGUCUUAUUUCACAGUAGACCAAUGGGUUUUUGGGACUCCCUGGUGUAAAAUCAUUUCGUGGAUCUACCUGGUUGGGUUUUACAGUGGGAUAUUUUUUAUUAUGCUUAUGAGCAUAGACAGAUACCUGGCAAUUGUUCGUGCAGUGCUUUCCUUGAAAGCAAGGACCACCUUCCAUGGCUUUAUUACUAGCCUUGUUGUGUGGCUAGUAGCUCUUUCAGCCUCAGUCCCCGAGCUUGUAUUUAGAGAGUCUUUUAAUGAACAUAAUUUUACUACCUGCAAGCCGAGAUUUACAGGCAAUUUCACAACAUGGAAGCUUUUUUCCACUUUGGAAGUCAACAUUUUAGGGCUCCUAAUCCCUUUUAUAAUUAUGACAUUUUGCUACUCCAUGAUCAUUAAAACAUUAGUUCACUGUAGAAAUGACAAAAAGAAUAAGGCUGUGAAGAUGAUUUUUGUUGUCAUGAUUGUGUUUUUCUUUUUUUGGACCCCCUACAACAUUGUUAUUUUCUUACAACUGCUGGAAUUUAUGGGAGUCAUUAAAGACUGUCAAGUGAGCAGGAAUCUGGACUAUGCUUUCCAGGUAACGGAAAUCCUCGGCCUUUUUCACUGCUGCCUCAACCCAGUCAUCUACUUCUUCAUGGGGGAGAAAUUCAAGAAGUACCUGAAGAUGCUCUUUAAGAACUGGCAGCUACCAGGGUAUUUCUGCAAGUGGUGUGGAGUUCACAUCACUUACCACACUGAAUCUACCAGUUCAUUCCACACACAGUCUACAGGAGACCAAGACGCUCUGUAAAACAUUUCAGACCAGCCACUGAACUCAGCAGCAAGCAAACUGACAACAAACAGCAGGAACUUUGAAAAGCAGGAAUUUUGAAAAGCUAAGCAAAUGUAGACACAUUUAACAAUAAGCUAGUGCCGGAUAAUUACUUACUUCAGCUUUAUUUGUGCCUCUAGAUUUUCUCAGUAUUAUGACAGAAGGUGUCCCAAAUGUGGAACAUGGAGGAUGGACAUGCAAGGUUUCUCUGCUGUGAUUACAAAUCACUGCUCAGCUCUGUGCAAAGCAGUGCACUGUGUGCCUUCUUUGUCACCAGCAUCAGUAGAUUGGCCUGCAUGGAGGGGCAGAGGUGAGACGGCACCUUGUCAUCAGCACACGCACUUGGAAUACAUAUUAAUGUACUCAAGAAGAAUGAUUGUAACCACACUUUUUUAUUCUGCAGUUGAUCUGUGUAGGACUUGUUCACCUGUGACUCUUAGGCAGCUAUUAGCAGUACCUGCUACUUUUAAGUGUUUCAUUUCAGGGGGGAUGAUAUAUCUCCUGUCGUUAAGAAAAAGCACAAAAUAUAUUCUCUACGUGCACAAAGACUCAAAGCAAAGCCAUUACUUUUCAUUGUAGGUGCAUUUUCUUUCAGGUUGACAUAUAUGCCUAUAUGUAGGUGUAUAUAUAGGAAUUUUGAAUUACUUUAUCACUGUAAUUCAGAAUAGCAUGUCUGUAUUUUAAUGAAAAUGGAAAAUAUUUUGAAUAUUUUUGAAUAAAAGUGUUUAAAAAAACUUAUUUUCCAGCAUGCAUCAAUACAUUUGAAGCAUCUUGGUUAAAAGUACAUAUUUUAAAAUCAAUGCCGUUUCUUCCAAAAGUACUUAACCCCAAAACUUGAUUUUCAUUCACUGGAGAUGUAUCUGGCAAAACAAAAGAAAGUAAAAACAGAGAUUGUGUACAAAGGGCAUGUCAUAACUUAGAAACCACACACAGAAUCCUUGCAUUUGAUAACAGCACAAUGCAAUCAGUGUGUAGCCAGUAGCUGCUCACAGGAUAUUAAUUCAUCAGCAAUCUGUAACAGGAAGGAAACUCACACAGCAGUGUUUAGAUUUUGGCACAAAAAUGAUUUUAAAAUAGGCAAAAAAUUAGUAAUGUGGUGGCAGAAAAAAUAAGAGUUGAAAAAUAUGUAUUAGAAUAUAUUUCUGGUGUGUCUUUUUGCUGGAAAACAACAAUUCAUAUUUCUUACUAUAAAAGAUGAAUUUUAUAGUAAGAGAUGAAUUAUUUUCUUACACUGUCAGUAAUAAAGGGCCUGCUCAACAUUUAGCCAAGGCUGCAAAGAGCAAACAAGGCAUUAAAAUGUAUCAGGAAAGGGCUGAAGAAGAAAUGUAAAAAUAUUGUAGUGCCAUUGUGCUCAUGACUCUAAAUGAGAGAUGUAAGUGAAAGCUCGUCUCCAUGCCACCUCUGUCAUGAUACAAGACUGACAAUAAAAUGCAGUGCACUUAAAUCUCACACACACAUGUAUCCAUCAUAACUUUGGGAAUGCACUACCAUUUGCAGUUUGCUGAGAAUGACAAGCAAGGAUCUGCAUUAAUGCAGAUAACAAUAGCUGUAGAAGAAAUUACUUAUAGUAAGAGAGAGCCUUUAUAUUCAAGAAAAAAGCUAUACAUUCUUAAUACUCAAAACCUUAGAAUCCAAAAUGUAAUCACUUAGCAAAACUGAUAGAAAGAGUGGGUUAUGCCACCCAUCACCUUUUUUGAAAAGGAAGACAAAUUUAAAGUGCGAGAUGCUUCAAAUUGUCACAGAUGACACUGAAGCCAUCAUAACAUCCCAAGGUAGCAUGGCACAUCAUCCUCACAGCAGGUGAUGCUGGCAGCAGAGGCACUGGGAACUGCUGAGCUAUGCACUUGUCUGGGGCACAGACUGCCCUGGAAGCCAGACAGCUUCCACUGCAGCUUCUUUUCCCUUUGUCCUGCUCUGUGAUCCCUCUGGUCAGCAACAAUGGCCCUUGCUUUCCAGACUAAGGGAAAGGCUGCCUGUGCUGGGCUGGCAAAAAUGAGGGUCAGCAAGGAACAAGCAAGCUGAAGGCUCUUGACAGCUGUGAUGUGAGAGACAUCCAGGGCAAAGAGUGGUACCAGAGAAUGGCUGGCAGGUUGGUCCAGGUCUGGGCAAACUCAGUGGUGAGGGAUGAUGCUGUGGAAUUAAUGGGGUGCACCCACAGCAGCCAUGCAGCAAUGCCACAAACAGAGCAAAUGCAGGGCCCUUCUCCCACACAAAACUCAAAUGUGCCUCAGUCACUGCUCAGCUUUGUACCCCAUGGCCUGUGCACAUGUCCCUUGCUGCAGAGGGGGCCUGGUGCAGCCAGAACUCCUCCCUGGUGAAUGUUGUCUGGCUCUUCUGUGCCAAAUAGCCUCUUCCAGCUCUCCCAGUAAUAUUCACAGCUGCUCAAUGUGUGUGCUGGACGAGCAACUGAGCUGAGCUGAGCUGAAAGUUGAGCUCUGAGCAGCUUUGCUGCAUUGGGUGCAAAGAGGAGCUCAUGUUAAAUUGAUGGGUUCAGGAAACCAGGUCCUGAGGCUGGAGCUCAUUGAACAUGGGUGGCUUCCUCUGUCACCUGAACAAACCCCCUUCCCACAUGCACCAAGCUGCAGUGGACAAUGCCACUACUCUUUUGAGAGAGGGUUUUGAAAUCUGCUGUUGAGAAAGGACAAGAUAAUAGUAUUAAUACAGACAAAAAUAAAGUAGGGAUUUUCAAAAUGUCAUUUGACAAAGGUGUUAUUUUAGCUGAACAAGAGUUUCCAGCUAUGAAGAAUAUUUGUACAAACCCACUGAACCAUGAAAGACGAUGGAUAGACAUUUGAGUGAAACAAAGCUGACUCAUUCUUAAAGCCACAUUUUUACAUCAAGGUUCCUCAGAAGGCAUCCUCUCUUCAGUUAUGCUAAGCAGCCACAGAAAGGUAGACAAAGGGGGAAAUCAGCUUAUUAGAUUGAUGAAAAGAUAACAAGUUGAUUGGUUUUCAAAGCGUGCUUAGGCCACCACAGUCACUCCCUAAACAAAAAGCUGAAUUACACUUUUACUCUGGAGGACAGCUUUACCCUUUCUAAUCGAGCAGAAGAAGCAUUGUGGCCAGCAGCCUGCUCCCUGUCAAUCUGCUCCUCUCAGUCUGACAGCCAGUGAGGAAUUGCAGUUCUCCUUCCUCGACUGCAACUUCUUGUCACUGUCCCAGCAGUGACUGCCUGUCACUGUCCCAGCACUGUCCCAGCAGUGCCUGUCACUGUCCCAGCUCUGCACACCUGCUCUGAAGGGGAGCACAAUUCCACAGGCACCACAGUCCUCCUCUGUAACCAGGAUGCUUCUAAACUGCCAGCAGGGAUCUACAUCACACAUUUUCCUGCAAGAGCUCUUAAUUCUUUGCAGUUUUAUCCAACAUCUCUCUCUUAACACAACCUGAGACCAGUUUCAUCACAUCCUGUCUCUUAUGCCAACAUCUCCAUCUGACUUGAUUUACAGUUAGAAAUCAAGGGCCAUUUAAUAAUAUAAAUCAAAAUCAUCAUUAAAAUAGUGCUUAAGGCAAUGCCUACUGAAAGUUCAACUUUGCUACUCCAGUCAUGAAAGGAGGAGACUGGAAAUGAUACAAUAGUGGUGAGAUUUGUAGCAUUUGUAUAACUGAUAAGACCAUUCAAAGGAGAAGGAGUGGUGGUUGUAUCUGCAAUCACCUUACUGUGACACAGCAAGUGCCAAUGGCAAUCAUGGACAAAUCAGUCCUAAAGCAGUGAGCCCUACCACUGAGGAGACACCAAGUUAGAAGCUCCCAGGAUGAUUUUCUUUUUCACAGUCAUCCAGCAGCAACACCCAUCACAAAACUAACAAAAUCCCAUUUUAGGGGACAGUCACUGAGUCAAAGACACUUUUCACAGAAAUGAAGCUCAAAAACAAAGAAGUUCUUAUCUGUUCCAGAUAAAAAUCAACAACAAAAUCAAGUCCAAUCAAGUCUUCCAUGUUAAUGCAGACCAAAUACAUGAUUGAUAAAUGGAUCACACUCCUCUAAUUUUUGUACUUUUUAAAUUUAUUUUUUAUUUUUCAAGUCAAGUUUGAAGGGUUGAAGUUUCUCUGGGUUUUAAUUUCUUGUUUCAAAACAAGUUACAGAACACAUUCAGUAUAAGUAUCUCUGUAACUGCAUAAUGCAAGCUCUUUGUGAAUUCAAGUGUUGCAAAAUAAAACUACUAAGGCACUAAGAAUUUUUUAAAUUCCAAGAUUUUUGCUUGUUUGCAUUUAACAACAAUGGCAAGUAAUCAAGAAUCUGAUCUGCAAGAAUCAGGUAUUUUUCCAUAGAUACAAAACGCUCAUAAAAAGUAUUCUUGGUGAUGUUAGCAACAUGUGAGACAGAGAAUGAAUGAAGAUUGACAUUACUAAAUGAACCCUUCUUCUCAAAAGAGAUUGUGGCAUGCAAUCAGCAUUUUACAAGAAGGUCCAAGCUGCCAAGUUCAGGAAGAGACUUUUGUAUCUGGGAGAGUGAUUGGAACAAUGGGUGGACAUCCCUACAUGAAAAGCAUAUUUGUUUCUUUUGCACAGGAACUUUGCACCCCUUGAAGAACCUCCAUGGGAGUAUUGUGGUUUGGGCAGGGCAAUGGAAGAGAGGGGCCCUCCCUAGCAUUUAACCUGUCACCAUUACUCACAAACAGAGAGAGCAGUACUGGCUCAUAGUCACAUCUUAAAAGCAUCUUAAUCAAAGUGAGGAAAGACCACAACACAUCUCUGUACUUGCUUAUAACUGGUAAACUGAAAUUGGAGCCCAAGCAAGACCAUGACUGCAGGCUGAGUGAGUGACUUGCCUUUUCUGCUAUCAAAGUAUGUGGGAAAGGCUGCAAAAAAGUGCAUAGAAGGAAUAUAAGCAUGGAUUUUGCUGUUGCUUAUGCCCUUUUUGCUCAUUCACAAACACUAGGAACAGAAAGGAAAUAUGUCCCAUUGAUUGCAGGGAGCAAUGGCAUCUUCUGCAGGCCCUGAAGACAAACAGCACUGAGAAGCUGCAGAGGACAGCUCUGCCCUUGCUAUCAAGAUUCUUGUUUAUACUUUCUAGCACAGUGAAACCCAUAGUUUGAGGUGUCACUUAAAACUCCCCAGUACUACAGAGAAGGGGCUGAAGGGUUUACAAAAAGAAAGAUUCUGGCUGUUUUCUCCUCAGUUCUGCUUUACCAGCCCAUCCUUGCAUAAUGCAGGUCACUACUCGCUUCCUUUCCUCAGCAAUAUUAGGGAACAUCCAAAAUCUCCCACGGGAACGUUGGUCCUGACUGCUGCUACUCUGGCUUUUUGCAUGAACCUCACAUGCCAUCACCUCAUCUCCACAGUCACAUGGAAUCCAUUCCCAUGUCAAUCCAUUCACUUCCUCACUGGCUUAAGCUCACGUUCUCUGCAUGCAGAGGUCACACAGUGGGAUGCCUGUCUUGUCACAACACCACAGAGUGUUUUCCUUUUGACAGGGCAGCUUCAUGAAGAUGUCCCUGCUCAUUGCAGGCAAGUUUGACUUGAUGACCUUUAAAGGUCCCUUCCAACCCAAACACUUCUAUGAUUUGAAGAAAAUAUGGAAAGGGCAAAUUUUUGAUGGCAAGUGUGUUGACUAAUGAUAAACACCUUUUAACCUAAAAUUCCCUCCACAUUUUUAUAAUCUUCACAUUAAAACUAUUUUAGAGUAAGUCAAGCCUAUUUGUCAACAUUACUGCAACAAAGUAUUUUAUAAAUUCUGCUCUGAAUUCUCAUUAAAGUUUUAUUCUGAUGGGGGAAAUAAUUUCAGAAGUUCUCAUGUAACCAAAAAUUGUAGAAAAAAAAUCAAGGAUUUGUCUUAUUUAACACACUUAAACAGAUUAAAUAGAAUAAGUGCACCACACUGCUCAAUAAGUAUCUUAUUACACAUAUCCAUAUGAAUGUACCAGAACUUAGGAAAAAAGCCAGCAUUAGAAGCAGAAUUUCAGUGAAGUGAUGAGUGCUGAAGACUACUGAAUAAAAAUGGGAAAUUUUUUCUGUGUUUUUUUAAAUCUACUGCCUAUAGUGUAAAAGACUACAGUAUUUUAUAGACUCCAUCAACAUGAGACUGAAUAAAAUUUAAACAACCAAUCAUCAUAUUAGCAUUUAUGAAAGGUCAAUUCUUAAGUGAUAACUAUUUACAAUUUGCGUCAGAGACUGAGAAAGCAAGGUUAGUACUAGAUACACAAGGUUCUGCUGAAUUUUAAUUUGCAUGUUGCUUUUUUUUUAAUUCCAGGAACGGGUUUGCACAGAGGCAGAGCAACUAUUAAUAGUGUCAGAAAAAAGGGGGAAGAAAAACAGCCUACCUUUUCUCUAAGGUAAUUCACAAUGAAGACCUCAGUCAUAAUAUGAUACAACUGAAUGAGACCUGAAUUUUUUGGAGAGCACAUGCCAAAUUCUUUAAUUAUCAUAUCAGCUUAAUUCAGUGGGUACACAGAGGUUUCUAGGUCCCUAGAGAAAUGUAAAAAAAACCCCUCUAUAAUUGUCAACUAAUUGUACAGAGAUAGCUUUGGAAGGGCUGAUACCGCCCAACAUUGGAACUAAUAGGCAGCUAGUAUCAAUGCUAAUUUUAGAUUUAAAAAAAUCUGCCAUGUUUUCUAGACCUGAGGCCACAAGAUUGUUUUGUUACUGUUUUGAAAAAGUUACUGCUUUUGCAAAAGCAAAAUGAAACACAGUAAAAAACAGAAAUUUAAAAAAAAAAAAUCAGUGAGAUCCUUCACAACAAAAGCUUCAGCUGCCUGGUCAGGGAAUGGCAUGAGAGCAGCAGCUGAGGACCCGGUAGGUGAGACCUCAUACAGACUCGGCAGCCAGAUGUGACAUCCGAAUGAAAGUCUGUUUCUCCUUUGUGACUGCAAAUGCAGAGAGGCCCACACAGGCAGACUGUGGUGGAUGGGGGCAGAAUGCAAUUGGCACCAGCUGUAUUUGUGCAGAUAAUGGUCAUGUUCAGAAAAACCCCAUGUUUUAUUAACACUGCCCUACUACAUGCCCUCCACUGCCUGCACUGGCUUCCUUAUCAUGGUGGUGCAGAUGCCAACCAGGCAGAAGUAACCCAGCCAUAUCAGUACCUCUCAAUCUGAGUUAAUAUAUCCAAACCAGACUGUAGGACCCUAGUCCUAUACUUUUCCCUGAAAAUAAAGGAACAAAAUCUGUUGAUGAUUGACCUUUAGUUCUGCAAGGGAUGUUGGUCAAUCUGAGUCUUGCAUUUGCCACACAGAAAUCAAAAGUCUGUCCUCCUUUGUAAAACAAGGCAGGCUGCAGAUGAAAAGUACUUCAGUUAGAUAAUAUUACAGAAACAAAAACCUGUGUAUUACUUGCUAGAUUCCUUGCUUUGCCUCAAGACAUCAAGAACCAUGCACUCUCAUUUACUCACAGCCCAGAAAGUUUAAUCUCCUUCCACAGAAGAUGAAAACAACUUCAUAAUGGAUUAUUCUAAACACAAGUCCUUGGUUUUGAGCAAUUUCUUCCAAACAUUUCUCAGCCAGUGGGGGGUUGUCCUGAAUCAUGAAGUUUGAAGAUUAAACCCCUACUCUUUUUAACUUGUUUGCCCAAUUUAACUGAGGUUUUGACAUUUGUAAUCAGCAGGGGGUUUCACCAAUUUGCAUGAACACACUAAAACAGGUAACAGGAAAAAACAGAACUUCACAAGAAAGGAUAGGAACAUUCUUUCAAAACCAAACCAGCAUCACAGGUCUACAGCCUGACAACAAAUGAGCAACCUCCCAAACCAGAAUACACUAUGGAGCACCAAUCAAGGCUGUUGGAAAGAACUUAAAUUUUUAAAUUAUUUCAAUUGCUGAACUCCAGUUUGCCUUGCAGAGCAUGAACUUCAGAGUUUUGGGGUGUUAUUUUUGCAAACUGAGUCAUGGCAAGUGAGCAGCUGAAUCAGCAGUCAAAGUCUGAGUCUGUUGUACUGAAAAGAACUUAAAAACAUUGAAAUUCUAGCUCAGCUUUGUACAAAAAAAAAGACUUCACCUUAAAUUUCCCAGUCCUGAAACUCAAAAGAAGAUGAUCUGAUAUGCUCUACUUCAAAACAUGAUACUGGGCUAGAUGGAACUUAGGCAAACUCAGUGCCAUUAUUCUUAUAUGAAAAAACAAAGUUCUACUAAAUGAGAUAAAGAAUGCAACAAAAAACAUGAGCUGAUCUUUGUGUAUUUUUAAUGCCCUCAGCCUCUGAGACAAAAGGGUUCUUGUGAGCUGUGCCAAAUCCUUAACAAACUCAGAGAGAGAAGAAACCUUGGGAAUCUCUGAAGGUUCUUUCACUCACCUUGCUAAAGUACAACAGCACAGUUAUGUGUCCAGAGAAGGUGCUUGCUCAGCAGCAGCCACAGUGAAAGCAAAUCAGAGACCAUCCAAAUUACUGUUUUGUGAACUGAAAAUAGAUUAUGUCCAUCAAUGACUGACAGAACCAGCACAGUUUCCACAUUGCUCAGAUAAAAUGAAAGACAAGAUGGUGAUGAGCAGGUGGGGAUAAAGUACCAGCAGACCUGGUACUGAUGGACAUUCCCCAUUCUUGCAGUUAGGCAGAUUUUAUUAAGAUUUGGAUUAAUUUUCCCCACUUUGCACAUCCAACCAGGGGAGCUGAACCUUUACUACAGUUCACCUCCCUUCUUUCAUGUAAAAAUUCUACACUUGUAGCUAAGAAAU